ACCCUGAGACAGGUGGACAAAGAAUUGGAGGACUGACAGGAACUGGGCUUGGGAUCCAGACUGAAACUGGUUCCAGACUAACCUCUAGCACUCAGGACCCAGACCCAGGACCAUGGGACCCCAGCAUUUGAGACCCGUGCAGCUGUUCUGGCUCCUAGGGGCCAUCUCUACUCUGCCUCGGGCUGGAGCUCUUUUGUGCUAUGAAGCAACAUCGUCAAGGUUCAGAGCUGUUGCUUUCUAUAACUGGAAGUGGCUUCUGAUGAGGAACAUGGUGUGUAAGCUGAAAGAGGGCUGCGAGGAGACGCUAGUGUUCAUCGAGACAGGGACCUCAAGGGGAGUCGUGGGUUUUAAAGGCUGCAGCCCAUCUCCGUCUUACCCUGCACAGGUCUCCUACCUUGUCUCCCCACCUGGAGUGUCCAUUGCCUCCUACAGUCGCGUCUGCCGAUCUUAUCUCUGCAACAACCUCACCAAUUUGGAGCCUUUUGUGAAACUGAAGGCCAGCGCUCCUAAGUUUGUCACAUCUACAUCCCAUAGUUGCCCAACCUGUGUGGGCGAGCACUUGAAGGAUUGCCUCCCUAAUUUUGUCACCACUAGUUUUUGCCCCUUGGCUGCCUCUACGUGUUACAGUUCCACCUUAAAACUUCAGGCAGGGUUUCUCAAUACCACCUUCCUCCUCAUGGGCUGUGCUCGUGAAUAUAACCAGCUCUUAGCAGAUUUUCAUCAUAUUGGGAGCAUCAAAGUGACUGAGGUCCUCAACAUCUUAGAGAAGUCUCAGAUUGUUGGUGCAGGGUCCUCCAGGCAAGGUCCUGCCUGGGGUGUCCUCUUAGGCCUCCUGUUUGUCUUCAGGGACUGACCAUCUAGCUGCACCAGACAAACACCCAGACCCUUUCACAUAACAAAUAAAAUAGCAGAGUUCUCUUU